GACUAGGUUUUGACGUGAUGUCACGUCGGAGUAACAUGACAGCAAAUAGGACCCAGCAGAGCUCUCCGGCGAACCUCACCUGUCCCCAAACGCACUUUUACUUUUCCACCUGAAGUCGCCUGCAGAAUCCCGACAUCUGUCAGUCUUAAAGAUAAAGGCAUGUUUUGUGCAUUGCUCUGCAGUUUGUUGCUCCUGCACGGCUCGGUCGGGGAGAUCGUGUUCCGCUGCCCGAGCUGCACCGCGGAGCGCCAGGCGGCGUGUCCCAAGAUCACCACCUCUUGCGAGAUUGUCAGGGAACCGGGUUGCGGUUGCUGUCCGGUUUGCGCACGGCAGAAGGGCGAGCUGUGCGGCGUCUAUACGCCGAGAUGCGGGAGCGGUUUAAGGUGUUACCCUAGCGCGAAUUCAGAGUUACCACUGGAACAGCUGAUACAGGGACUAGGACGAUGCGAGAACAAAGUGGACCUGGAGCCCACCAUGACCAACCAGGAGUCAGGACACAGUGGAGAAGUAAAUAGCACACGCUCCCCUCUGAUGAAGAAGACCAGCAAAGAAAACAACUACCAACACUACAAGGAAAUGGCUGUGAAGCAGCAUCACAACAGUAAGAGGAACAGGAUGUUCAGCCCCCAGGAUGAUCUCAAAACGCUUCUCCCCAAACAGAGCCAGUGUCAGCAGGAGCUGGAUAAAGUGUUAGAGAACAUCUCCCGAAUGACGUUCCAUGACAACAAGGGGCCUCUGGAAAAUCUGUAUGACCUGAAGUUUCCCAACUGUGACAAGACAGGACAGUACAACCUUAAGCAGUGCCACAUGUCCAACCACGGACAGAGGGGCGAGUGUUGGUGCGUCAACCCCUACACUGGUGUCCAGAUAUCCUCGUCCCCCAAAGUGAGGGGGGACCCCAACUGCAGCCAAUUCUAUGGCGGUCCCGAGCUGGAACCGCCCACCGCCCAGCAGAAAUAGACGCUCCAUCAGGGAGAUGCACCGGGUCACAAACAAGGAUAGUUAAAAGCGAGUACAAGAGUGGUGUGCAUGUGUGUAAUUCUGUACAUGUAUGUGUGUGUAUUUUUGAAAUAGUAUGAUCUGCAUUGUCAAUAGGAGUGUGGAAAGUCACAUGCCAGCAAAGACAAUUCAAGGACAGGUAGUUAAACUUCUCAAAUCCAGAUAACUGUACUCCAAAUUUAACCCUGAGUUAUUGUUUUUUUCUGCCUAUUUAUAGGCUCAUCUGGUGCCUUUUAAUCUUGUGACUGAAUCUGGUUGCGGGGAGUCGCUUGUACAGCAUUUGCAGCUGUUCGGUGUGAAGAUGUGUCCGUUUAAUUCUCUCUUUUGUUUUUGGAGACCCAAUAAAAAUGGUUGCGCAUUUAUAGCACCGUUGGUCACCAGAAACGGAUUAUAGAAACUGCAAAUGAACAAAAGUAGGAGUUUGACUU